GUUACAUUCAAGUCCCAGUCUCCGUUGCGAGACCAACCACAGCCCCCUUCUCAUUUUCUUUCUCACAAAACCCCUAUUAACACACACAGCGUGCUGGGUUUUUUUUUUUCACAUUUCGAAUGUCGCUGCAACUUUAGGGUUCUGAUAAAGUUCGCCACUGUUAUUGCACAACUUCAAGGUUAUCAAUUGGAUCCUUGAGGGAGAAGCAAUGGACUUCGACGAGUACGAAUAUCUGGAGAAGACUGUGGAAGAUCAGAAUAAUCAGAACGAUUCAUCUGCGAAGAAGGAGAAAGAGAAAGGCUAUAGAAGGAGAGAUAGAGGCGAAGACGUUGAUCUUGAUGAGGAGAAUCGAAGCGAAGAGAACAGGAAGAGCAAGAAAUCGAGAGGCGAGGGAGAGAGUGGGCGAGAGAGGUCGUCGCGGCAUGAGAAGGAUCGGAAUCGAAGCGGAGAAAGAGAGUCGGAGCGAGAUAGGGACAGGGACAGGGACCGAGAGAGAGUUGGCAACGCAUGUGGUGAGGCUGUAUCAGUUUCUCAACCUUUUGUCCACUACGAAGACGAUAAUCCUAUUAACUCCACAUUUGUGAAAUAUCCAAUACUGCGAAACAACUUGGGGAUGAUUAUAGAGUAUAUUGAUCAAGAAGUUCUCACAUACUGGAAGAUAUAUUUUUACAUGCUAGAAUGGGAUCUUAGUGGGACUGAUGAGGUGACAUCUAUCACCCGAAAACAAAAGAAAAAGAAAAGAGGGAAGGGGAAAUUCAAAGAAAAGAAAGAAGCGGUAGAGCCCGAAGCUGAUCCAGAAAGGGACCAGAGAACCGUUUUUGCUUACCAGAUGCCCUUGAAGGCAACUGAGAGGGAUGCUUAUGAGUUCUUCUCAAAAGCAGGAAAGGUAAGGGAUGUUCGACUCAUCAUGGACCGAAAUUCAAGGCGGUCAAAAGGAGUUGGCUAUAUCGAAUUUUAUGAUGCAAUGUCUGUACCAAUGGCUAUUGCUAUGUCUGGGCAACUACUUCUUGGACAACCUGUAAUGGUAAAACCUUCCGAAGCUGAAAAGAACCUUGUUCAGUCUAAUACUUCUGGUGGGGCUUCAGGAGGUCUUACUGGACCAUAUGGUGCUGUCGAUAGAAAACUAUAUGUGGGGAAUUUACACUUCAACAUGACCGAAUUCCAGCUUAAACAGAUCUUUGAAGCUUUUGGGCCUGUGGAGCUUGUGCAACUUCCAACAGACCCUGAGACAGGACAUUGCAAAGGUUUCGGGUUUGUUCAAUUUGCACAACUUGAACAUGCCAAGGCAGCUCAAAGUUUGAAUGGGAAACUGGAAAUUGCCGGUCGGACUAUCAAGGUCUCUUCUGUUACAGAUCAUGUUGGAAUGCAAGACUCGGGAGCGAAAACUGCGGACUUUGAUGAUGACGAUGGGGGUGGUUUGGUCUCUUCUGUUACAGAUCAUGUUGGAAUGCAAGACUCGGGAGCGAAAACUGCGGACUUUGAUGAUGACGAUGGGGGUGGUUUGGCUCUAAAUGCUCAAUCGAGGGCAUUGCUGAUGCAGAAGCUGGAUCGCAGUGGUAUUGCCUCAAGUGUUGCAGGGUCCGUUGGGACGCCUAUGCUUAAUGGAUCAUCUCAACAACCUAUUAGCUUGCCCAUCAAUGGGCCGGCUGCAGUUCCUGGUCAAGUUUUUCCAGCACAAAUUAUUACAGCUUUAGAACCUAUUGGGAGUCCUAGCGAGUGUUUACUCUUGAAGAACAUGUUUGAUCCAGCCACUGAGUCUGAUCCAGAGUUUGAUAUGGACAUUAAAGAGGACGUGGAAGAGGAGUGUUCUAAGUAUGGACGGGUGAAGCAUAUAUAUGUGGACAAGAAUAGUGCUGGUUAUGUAUAUUUGCGAUUUGAAAAUGUGGAAGGAGCACAACGUGCACAACAAGCAAUGCAUCAGAGGUGGUUUGCACGCAAAAUGAUUUCAGCCAUUUUCUUGCAACCAUAUGAAUACGAUGCCAAAUUCAAAGGCGCUGCGUGAAGAAGUUCGCACAUGGGGGAUUGUUUGAAAUGUUUCUACUUGAUGUGACUUUCCAUACGGCUAGUGUUCGCAUUUUUAGUUUUUGGUUACAGAUAUUUGAAUUAUAACUCCUCCAAGAUGAAUCAUCUAUUUGAUUGUUGUGAAAUUAGUUAAAAGCCUAUGCAUUAAGUUUCUCAUGUACAAGAUUGAGUAUCUCUGGUUUUUUUGAAGCAGGCUUCUGGCUGUCUUGUUUCUCUCAAAUUUCUGCGGCUCAAGACGGUGCAGUUUCUAUGAUUUUUUCUUUCUUUGCUUUCUACCAAAUUAGAUACAGAUAAUUACCAUCAUUUUCCUCGAGGUUUCUUGUGAUGGUACU